UCGUCUCGCGCGGAAUCGCGAGUGCAAGAGUGUACCGCGUUCGGUAUCGAACUCCUGGUGACUUGAAUCUCGCUAGAGUGUCUUACAAGCCCGCGAAAGCGAUAACCUAAUUUAUACAUAUCCAUAUAAUCGCGCCGUUGCAUCGCAAUUUGCAACUUUCAACGUUGCGGUGCGGUACAGCAUCGUUGUAGCCAUCUUUUUUUCCGCGGAUAUAUAACGCUGUUCGUCGGCGACGUAUUUUUGCGAGUGAUCAAGUUUUUGAGCUGACCGGGCGAUUACAUAUAAAUUGUUACAUAUAUACAUAUAUAUAUAUAUAUGUACAUAUAACGAUAUAUAUAUACAUAUAUAUAUAUCGCUUUCGUGGCUUGUGUAUCCGUGAAAUACGCCGUGACAGCGAUCGAGAGGCAACUUCGUGAAGCCGCUAUAAGGAUCGCUGUGGCAAGUUCGACUCAAUCGAUACUAGGGUCCAGGUAUGCGCCGGGACUCGAGACGCAUAAAUGCGCCCGGAAUCAGAACGCGGAGCAGCUGAACUUCCAAGGCCGGUCUGGCAUCAAUACAUAUAUAUUGCACAUUUAUUUUCUAUUUAUUUUGUGACUGCUUAGAGAGAAAGAGAGAGAGAGAGAGAGAAAGAUGAGAGCGUUCGAAAGCGCAGGCUGGCCUACGAGCGGGGAAGACGUAGUAAUGGAUUUGUUUAUAUUUUUUGUAUUUGCCGAUGAUCCCGUCGACGGUUGUUUCACUGGACGGUACCAGUUGGAGUAUACAACAGCAACCGCAAGCCCAAUUGUUGGUGAUCGCGCAACAGCAACAGCAGCAACAGCAACGUCAACUGCAGCGAAAUCAGAUCGUCUCGUCGAAUCAGGCAUCGUCGUCGGGAGGUGACCUGCAACAGCCACAGUGCCACAAAAUGACUGACCAACGAGAACAGCAACAGCAGCAGUCGCAAUCUCAAGCUCAGCAACAACAGCAGCAGCAGCAGCAGCAUCACCAAAACAAAAGCCACGAUGAACCGCGAACGAAUCUGAUUAUCAAUUACCUUCCGCAAAACAUGAACGAGAAGGAGCUGUACAGUCUGUUUGUGACGAUUGGUCCGGUCGAGUCCUGUCGAGUCAUGAAGGAUUACAAGACUGGUUACAGUUACGGCUUUGGUUUCGUGAAUUAUGCAAAAGCUGAGGAUGCCGCGACGGCGAUAAGCACAUUAAACGGGCUUCAAGUGCAAAAUAAACGUUUGAAAGUGUCUUUCGCUCGACCUUCUGGAGAAGAAAUCAAGGAAACCAAUCUUUACGUUACGAAUUUACCAAGAAAUAUAACGGAGAGUCAGAUCGACGAAAUUUUCAGCAAAUUCGGCAAUAUUGUGCAGAAAAAUAUAUUAAAGGAUAAAUUGACCGGUUUACCGAGAGGGGUAGCAUUUGUGAGAUUUGAUAAAAGGGAGGAAGCUCAGGAAGCUAUUGCACAACUUCACGGUACAAUACCGGACGGUGGAUCGGAGCCACUUAGCGUAAAAAUUGCGGAGGAACACGGAAAACAAAAGGCAGCGUAUUAUGCGGGCUGGCAAGCUGGAUACAAUCAAAGCCGCGGAGAGCGUCUGUACCCGGCGAGGAAUAAAUAUCAGCGCUAUGCUCAUUAUCUUUAUUAAAUAGUGAACGAUUAUCGUUGUUGUGUCGCCAUGUCGUUGAACGUUCCAUACUAUAUACACGAACACGGUCCUUCCUGCAAUUGCAAUUAAACGAGGAUCCACGCGAGCAACCGUUCGUGGAACCUGGAGAGAUUACGGCCGUGUAUGUCACAAUGUGUUCCACCCGAUGUAACGUGAUGUAAUCGCGCGAGGAACGUUCGCCGCUCGGCGAUCCAUGUGAUAGGAGCAAUCUUAAUAAAUUGUUCGCCGAAUCGUUGAUUAUUUGUAUAAAUUGUAUCGAUUUUAUCGAUAUUAAUUGUAGCGCCUCUCUUGUAAUUAGGACAAAAAAUAAUUUCCAAAUUAAAUCUAAAUCUUUUGGUAUCGAGGAACAUUGCGCGUAUUUCAAUAGAAGUAUGAUAUGUAAUUUUGUGUACUGGAUGAAAAUCCAUGAAGGCGAUUUUGAUGUGACGGAUUAUUUUCUCAAUGCGGUUUCUAAAAAUUAUAUUGACUCUAUAAGAGAGCGAAACGGAUAUUAUACUUAUUUCAAAAGCUCUAGUUUAACUUGUAAAAUUCGACAGAAAUUAUUUUAUAAAUGUUGAUUAAAUAUACUAUCUCUUGAUGCUUGUAUUCGCAAGGCGAGAAGUUUGAAAAAGGAGAUGCGCGAAUAUAAAAUUGCAUUGAAUAUAAAUAGUAAAAGUCUUCGAUAUAACUUGGACAGUAAUUAUAUCAAAAAUUAUCAAUACCAAAUACCGCAAUAUAUAUGAUUUUUGCUCAACAAUCGUAAAUUAAUCGUAAUUAUUCGCAGCGAGCCUAAGAAUUUUACAAUUGUAUAUAAAAUCUGUGUUUUGUAAGUUUUAAGUCCUUGCGAUUUUUGUUAUUUCGAACACGGUGUAGAAUCGUUGCCGUAUCAUAUAAUGAAUGCGUAAUAUUUAAUAGAUUUUGAUGACAUACAUUUUCUUCGAGAUUCUUUUUUGGAUUAGAUACAGCGAUUCUUCGUACAACGUUACACGUGACAUGCGAAAAUACGAUCAAUUUAAUGAGAUUUCAACGAACUAGUGAAUAAGAGGAAUCGGAGCAGAUUUCGUCUCUCUGUGUGCUACGUAGAUAGAUAUUAAUUCUCAACGUAACGAAUAAAAUGACAUUUAAUGCGCGCCAGAUCUUGUUAGCAGUUAUAUAUAGCCGGUGCUGUCUAUAAAAAAAUCUACAGAUCAAAGGAAUAUUUAUUAGAUAUCCUUUCUCAUAGUAGGAAUCACGAUAUUUUUAGAGUUAUUCCGUAGUUCGAACAAAAUAUCAUAUACAAUGCUUCCGCAAGCUGAAGAUGCGUCCGAUUAUGUUCUCGGUGGCAAUUUUGAAUAGACAAAUUGAAACAAUACAUUAAUGCAUAUUUGAGACAGUAUGACAAUCGAUUUAGCUAUGUAUUUCAAAUUUUUAAAGCAACUUAUAUUUAAAAAAAAAAAAGAAAAGAAAAAAGAAAAAUCUGAAAAGAUUUUUAUCUAUAAAAGUUCAUUUGAUCAUAUAAAAUGCGCUGUAAAAAGAUAUUUAAUCGAUGCUGAAGAAUUACAAAUAGCUGAAUCGAUUUUUUUUUUAACUUGUAAGUGAAUGCGCUCACUAUUCGUAUUUCGAUAUCGUAUACCAAUCACCGGGUAUAAAAGCACCGACGGAAUACCUUCCAUUUGUUCUGUCUGCGACACGCUACGCCACCGAGUGCAUUGAACAAUACGAGUACAGUUAGUUAAUGAUACACAUGUUAAAAGAUAGACGAGAUAUUUGCUCGUUUUUCGUAGAGAGUAGAACAUUGUCGUCUCGCGUAACUCUAUCGCGAUAGCGAGUAAUGAUUCUCACUAUUAUACAAUCUUCAUCUCUCUUUGGAAUCCCGAACGAAGUUUUAAACCGAUCGAUUCGGUGGCGAAAGAGCCACAUUAAAGUGGUGGAUACUGAGAACUAGAAAAUAAUACGUAUGUCCUUCGACCUUGACAAUCGCCCAUCCUUCCAUGGAUUUAUGGCACUACCUUGCCAAUUGCUUGCGAAGGAAGAAAAUGGAACGCGAUCACACUUUGGGCGUAACAAUUUGCCAUGCGAGAGUUUUAUCGCAUAAAAUUCUAUAAUUCGAAAUUUCUCUUCCAAUAGUGUGAUCUUUUUUUUAUUGCGUAGUCUUGUAAAAUAAAAUCUUUAUAAUAAUUAAAAAACGUGAUAUUAAUAUAUUGUAUAUAUUUUUUCAUUGUUAUAUAUAUUUAUAAAUUAUUAAAUUGUUAUUAAGUGCGUGUGUAUGCCAUAUGUUAAGGAAUCUCUAUUGUUAUUUGAAUAACAGUUAGCGAAUAACACAGCCAAUAUAGAAAACGCUGUCUAAUAAAAUUAUGAUGUUGAUUCAAUCUUGUCAUAGGUGCGACUUAGGAUUAAAACAUGUUGGAUGUUUUGUAUUAUAACUUUUAUCGCAACAAAAUAUUUGUAUCUUGUGUCUGAUCGCGCUUUAUUUUCUUCCGUCUUGUCGUAGAUCGCGCUUACGACAGGAAGGAUGCGUUUUCAUCCUUAACUGGUAUUCUCUUAUUCUUUUUUAAUACAACACAUUUCACACAUAUUUAUUUUGAAAAUUUAAUUAUAUAAUAACUACAAAAUUUUAAUUACGAAAUAACUGCGCAAUUCUUCAAAGAUCCUUCAAAAGAGACUGCUAAUCCGUAAAAAUAUAUCUCUCUCUUUCUCGUAUGUAUUAAAAUCGCAAUGACAUCACCAGUUAAGGGGCGAAAUCCCAAAACGCGUAGCGCGAUCGAGGAUGCGAUCCACCUUGCUCAACGUAAGAUAUUUAGGCGCUUCUUCGUAAGAGCGAACUUUGCGAAGUCGAAACUCCUAGGAAUUUAAUAUUGCGAAUGCGCCGAGCGUUUGACCCGCUUCGGUUGCUGACCGAUCGAUUGUCGGGGAGUUGCAAGCCGAUGGACUACAUUUUUAAACGCCGAUGCGUUUACAGAUACAUUUACAGAUACAUUGUAAAGUAUCAAGUAUCGUACGAGAUUAGAAAUUAAUCUGAAAAAUAUGGAAUCGUUAAUUUUUUCUCAAGUAGCAAACUUAAAAAAAAAUUUUUUAUAAUUUUGUAUAACUUUUUUUUUGUUCUUAGAAAAACUUUGGCAAUAAUUAAUAAAUAUAUUGAUUUAAUAAUGCUAUGUGACAUUUUGUAUAAAGAUAAAAUUGAUAUUAAAAAAUUAUCAAUAAAAAAAAGCUGGUUUGCAUUAUAAAUAUCCGAUAUUUAAUUUAUAGAGAGAAUCUUUAAUUUUUUAAAGAUAAUUUUAUUAAUAAUUUGCGGGAUUUAAAUACUAUUUUAAUAAUCUUCCGACGAUCGAUCGAUUAACGAAUCGAUACGUAAUAUGCUGCACAGUACGAUUGCUAUAGGUGAUAAGAAAAUCGAUUAAUCGUUGAAAACUUAUAUAAAUAUAUAUAUAUAUAUAUAUAUAUAUAUAUAUAUAUAUAUAAUAAGUAAGUUAGAUAAAUUAAUAUAAGAUAUCUUUCGAUCAUCGCCAUGAGAAGAACUUCAAUCAUUUCGUUUCUCUAAUCAACAAUCUAUAAAAUUGAACUUAAUCUAAAUUAAGAAAAAUCUUACGGAUAUUUUAAUCAUGAAAAAUGUAUUGCGGUAAUAAUUGAUGUAAAGAAAACUAAUUUUUUUUUUAUAAAAAAUAUGAAUCACGAAUGAUAUAAUUAUAUAAUUUAUAAUUUACAAAUCAAAGAUCAUAACAUAUUAUAUAACGAUAUUAUACGAUGUGAAAGAUUUAAAUUUUUUUCUUCGUAUAAGUUUGCAAUUAGAUAAAAUGCGACAUGAACGCGACUUGAUAUUGUAAUCGAAAGAUGCGAUUGUAAAUAGUUUUAAACUGUUAAGUAGUAAAUUGUAAGGUUUAACGGAUCGAAGAAUGUGCGAAAUGGUUAAUCCCGAAGUCCAGUAGUGCUAACGAUGGCUGUGAUAAGAAUAAGAAAAUACUAACGAGAAUGCAAAGAGAAAAACAAAACAUACUAGCAAAACAACCGAAUUAACGAAGCUUAUCUUCCUUUCUUUUGAUUUAAUUGAUUUUUUAAAUGCGAGAUUUAAAUUAAUUUUAAAA